AUGCCUCCUUCUCCUCUUGCUCGGAAUGCUACGUUCGUUGCAAAUACGAUUGCAAACAAACAGGACGAGCGUUUGAAUGUCGCAGACGAGAAACGCCACGAGAACGUGAUACCAUCCAACCUUUUCCCCACCAUCCAGCCCACGCCCACUUCGACCACACUGCCUUCGUCGUCACUCGUUUAUUAUCCAGAGCCGCCCGCCGGAGGCCUGCUGGGCUCCGGUCCAACCGACGGCCAUACGGGCGUGGUCAUUGGAGUCUCCUGCGGCCUUCUGGGCGUCUGUCUGAUGGCGGUGGCCUACGGCUUCACCAUGCACGUCCAGCGCAUGAGAAAAAUUCGUGCGCGCAACACGUCUCGGACCAUCCACGACACCUUCCGGCUGCAGGCCAUGGGUGCCCAGCAUCACCAUCGGCAACAGAACGUGCAAGAGGAACUGGCCCAGCAGCGCCAGCAGGAACGGCAAGCACCCACUGCGCCAUCGUCGUUCUCGCAGUGGACGCCACAGAAUACACAGGGGCAACCGCGCGAGAGCGUGGAGGAGCAGCUUGAUGAUGCUAUGGAGAUGGCCCGGCACUGGAAAACAUAG